UGGGACGAGGCCUUUUUUUUCGCUCGUUACGCGAUCUGGUUUUCCGAAUUUUUUCUAAUAUUUCUCAUUCCAUUGAUCAAAAAUAGAAAGCGCUAACAAACCACGUUCCCGCAUUCCUGGGUGGUUUGGGACUUCACAAAUGAAUUUUAAUUAACGUCAAAUUCGAGGUUACAGCCAAAAAAUCGUUAGACAAAUAUAACGCCCGAGAGAGGAUGAAAAUCAACCAAUAACGUGCAAGGUUUGUGUUGCGUCGCCAAAGAACCAAUCAAAUUGCACGUUCUAUAUACGUCGCCAAGAGGCGAGUCCAACAUGGCGUCGUCCAUGUCGUCGCGGAAGCAAGUACCGAGUCCGAGACCGCAGCGGAGACAGAAGGUGAAAAUGCUCCAAAAUCAUCAGUUCAGUGUCUCAUGCACUUUCCGACUGGAAAGGGUGAAAUGCAGUUUUUCACGGAGCACAGCUGGUCACGUUUCCUUGAGUAUACCGACGUCUGGAAGGCCUUCACAAAAGGACCGCAAAGUGCAAGCCGAGAUAGCAAGGCACUUCAUCGCCAAAACAUGCGCCACGUCAGCUGGCGCAAUUGUUGCUACGGAUCAGCAUGAUCAGCCCGUCAGUAUGCGGUUGCAAUCUCACGAUCCUAGAGAAUGCCGGUCAUCAUCGGUCAUGCUACAGUCAGUACACUGACAAGUCCAAGGUGAAGAGAGCAGUUCAAGCCCAGCAAAAAGAGAAGUCUUAAAUUGCAG